AUUGGAAAAGCUGAAUGUUAACUUGUUUAAGAUGAAGACAAAAAAGUAAGCUUUUUGGAGUGAAAAUGAAUCAAAGAUUGAUUGAUCUGCAUUUAGUGGGUUUUUGCCUGUUUUCUUUCUUAACUUUUAACUGGAGCGCUGAAGAAAAUUUAGCCGUGAACAAUGAAGAAAAUAGGGUGUUUAUCUCUCGGAAUUAUCGGUCUGAUAGUUCCCCCUUGAUGUUCUUAAAAUUAGCAUAUUUGCAAUUGCCCUCGUAGUCUCGCUUCUUGGGUAAAUAUUUGUUUUGAGAACAUCAAAUUUCCGUGGGGCAACUAUCAGCCGAUAGCUCCUCGACAGAAACACUGUAUUGUUUAAAAUAAAUAGAAAUUUCCAGCUCAUAAUCUAAUUGUUAAGUAGCACCCAUGCCAAUACGGUCAUCGCGUUCGGUAAUGAGAAGUCAAUACUGAGGGGCCCCCGGGCACUGAAUUGUUCAACAGCAGUGCGACGUCAGAUAAUAAAAACUAAUGAUCCACUUAACAAAGAAUAAUGCUUGACAUGACGGAAACACUCUGCUUCAGACACAAACCUACUUUAUUCGUUAUAUUGUGAUACACGCGGAUAAAGUUUGCAAGACUUGCAGAGAGCUUUCACAGCAGAAUGUUGGAAAACACAGGGCCCGACGAACCACAAGUUCAACUUAUUGCCAGGGAAAAUCGUGAUCCUAUGAACAGGAACUCGUUCUUGGAGGUUGAUUUCACUGAUGUAAUAGCAGAGCCUGAUGGGUUUCAUUCUCACGAGCGUUUGUACAACUGCGCCUUCCAGACCUUCAACUGUACCAAAAAUUGCUGCUAUCUGUUCCUAACGUUCCUGUGUGGGGGUCCCCUGGCUUUCUGUUUUGGUUGUUACUUUGCCUGCUUGGGAUUUGAAUACAUCUGGUGUGUGAUGCCCUGCACUCAGGCGUGUCUGAUGGGAAUCAGGUGGAUCGGAGAGAUCUUUGGUUACUGUAUCAAGGCUUUCUGCGAUCCCUGUUUCGACUCCAUCGGAAGGAUGUUUUCUAAAAUUCAUGUAAAGACCGAAAACGUGUAACUGUUAGCAGCGUGAACCAUCAUUUUCUGUCAUCUCUAGCCUCAAUUGUACUGCAUAACACUUAAAAUUUUAAUUUACAUAACUGCCUCUAGGUUCGAUUUCGGCUCGUUUCAUGAGUCCGAUCUUCGUUUCUCUCCAAGAAAAGGGGCAAGAGGGCGGGGUCCUUUCCCCUACAGCGGAAGUAAUCCAGCCUAAAUUAUAAACUGCCUCCAGCUUCCCUCCUACUAAAAGCAUAUCUGGCAACGGCUGUGUACAGUUGUUGGAUAAAUAAGAAAAUAAAUAAACAGACCAAGAUCUGUGCACUGCUUAGUUCUCCUUCUCUGUUUCUGAGUGACUAAAAACAUAUGUUCCAAAAGUUCUACAUCUACAUCUACAUUAGAUUUCUUCGGUAAAGUCGUUAGAAUUCUCAUCAACGUUAGGAAACGGAA